AUGCCGGUCCGAUGGACGACAGGCUCGUCUCGUUCGCUCCAAUCUCUUCAACCAAGGCGGACAAUAUCUGGUCUUUCUCGACUAAACCAGAAAGGCAGAUGGCCACCCUCAACAUCUUCGCGAUAUGCACAUCCGUCGCAGAUUUCAGUAUCAUUCCACAGCUUCUCACCCCAAUAUGCACAAUCACCCACCGCCGACGCUCUGAUGGAAAAUCUAAACGACCUUUACGCCACUGCAAAAGACGAAUUCGAAAUUGCGGCCGAAGAGACGGAGAAGAAAACAGUCUACGCUGCGGAUGAUAGAGAGGCGGCAGUGGACGCAUUGAAGAUGUUGCAAGAGGCCUUCCAAAAAGCACUGAAGGAGACUAGCCCGGAAGUCAGCAAGGAGAUCCAGGGUCGUGUGGGACCGAGGAUACGAGAGCUAGAAAAUGCGGUUAAGGCGAUGGAAGAGAUGGCCAUGGAGGACUGA